GUUAUCAUUCCUCCACUUCCACAUCUAUCCAUAUUUCGUAAUUUUCAUUUUAUCUCUCCUUCGCAUCUCUCUCCCAAAGGAAAUCACAAAUCAGAUAUGGCGGAUCAUCGAAGCGCCGGUGGAGAAGACUAUUUCCCCUUCCAUCAAAAUCAGGCAGCAACAGCAGCAAGUGGGAACAAAUAUGGAGGACUUGCCCCAAAGAAGAAGCCAUUGAUUUCAAAGGACCACGAACGUGCCUUCUUUGAUUCCGCAGACUGGGCCUUGUGCAAGCAAGGAGCUGGGCUAUGUAAUAGCGUGGCCGUAGAGAAACUACAGCCCAAGCUACAGAGGACCCCAAAGCCACAGCUCCCACCAAGGAGGCCGGUGUGCACAUCCGAGAAGGGCAAUAUCGCAGAAUAGAUAAUUAAAAGGAAAUGGGAAAUCUGGUCUUUGGAAGGGUUGAUUUAAUUGUGCAAUUUUUAGCCCUCUAGAUUAAUCCCGAACGACCCCACUUAUUUUCAUUGUUUUAUUUUAGAUGAAUAUCGUUGAAAUUAUUUGUAUCAUUCAAACCAAAUUUGUCUGGGAUAUUCUAAUUAUAUGAUUUUAAUUUUGAGACAAAGGGAAUUUGACUCAUAUAGAACACUUAGACAUGUAUCCGAACUACUAAGACUAUUUUUUUAAUACAAAUAUAGGAAUGGAUCUAAACUACUAAAA